UUUCCCAACAAAAAUUAACAUAUUACACAAGACCCACAUGGAACACAACAAGUGAAAUGAUGAACGAAAUCCUUCCUCCUAGAAGGCUUUCGCUCAUUGCGGGAUAAGAAGAGUCGGAUAUACGUAGCCUACCCUACAAGAAGAAGAACAAGAACAACAACAAGGCCUUAUCUCACUAGGUGGGGUCGGGUCCUAAUAUUUCAAAUAUAGAGCAGAUUUUUCCAGAUGAAGCGUCAAAAGUUGCAUUGACUAAGAGCUACUUCACUAUUUAAAAAACAGAGAGAGAGUCUAAAGAGCCAUUUUGCUUUACUCUAUCAUACCCCAAAGCAAAAAAAUAAUGAAUCUUUGGCUCUAUCAUGGAAAAUGCAGUGUUUGUCUGUUUGAUGAAGAAAAAGAACAUGCAUAUGAUCAACUUGAAGGGCAGAGGCUGAGACAAUCUUUAAACAUGGUGUCCUUCCCAAAUAGGAUUGCAGUGGGGGCAUUGACUGCUACUCAAUCAACACAUUGGUUAAAAAAAAUGACAUAUAGUAUAAUUUCUCACUUGGGCCAAUGCAUUAUCUUACUGGGCAUAUAUCUUCCUGCAUAAUCUGAUGGGUUUUCUUGAGUGAGUGGUUGAGCCAUCCCAAUCCCAAGUGGGGAAUGAUGUUUUGUACCUGCAAAGUUGGUAGUAGGCAUUAUUAUUAUUGGAAGACAAAAACAUGUGGAAGACAAAUGAGCUAUCACACCAAUAACAUAACAUCAUCUUGCAAGCUGGAAACUUCCUGAAUGGAUCAUAUCUAUCUAUCUAUCUAUCUAUAUAAACACAUUCCAAUGGCUAGCUACUCCAUCCAACAAAACACAAACCAAGGUCUUUCUUCAGAGAAAACAGAGUUUCUGCUUUCAGAAAUUGUUUUCUGUGAUUAUCUCAUUCAAAUUCAUACUUCAAAAGGAAAAAUGGCAAUCGGCAUGGGGCACAUUCUCCGUGGGAAACAUGGCCUCAGAAGGUCUUCCUCAAGAACUAACAGAGAAGGCGAGGUUCCCAAGGGUCACUUUGCAGUCUAUGUAGGCAUGGGCGAGAAGAAACGCUUUGUCCUUCCCAUCUCAUACUUAAAGGAAAAUUCAUUCCAAGACUUGCUAAGUCAAGCUGAAGAAGAGUUCGGAUUUGAUCAUCCUAAGGGCGGACUUACAAUUCCUUGUCCGGAGGACACUUUCCUAGACAUCAUCUCUAGUAUGAGUAGUAGAUCUUGAAACACUUCAUAAUCUUUAGUUCAGUCAUUAAAAAAACACCAUAGGGAAAUGUAAUUUUGUACAGUGUUCUGUUUUUCCCCUAUCAGAUUGGGAGAGAUAUAUGGAGUAUACUUUUUUGGAUCCUAUCAAUUCUCUAACUAUUUACCACACUACUCUCAUGUU